AGAGUCUCGGGUCGCGAUGGCGGCUCCGAUAGAGCAGCAGCAGCAGCGCGGAGACUUGACGGAAAACAACAACAACAACAACGGCGGCGGCAACAACAACAACAGUGGCGGCGGCAGCAACGGCAGCGCGAAGGUGGCGAUGGAGACGGGAGACGCGGAGAAGGAGGAGGAGACUGCGGCGGAGGCGGCCGAAGCGUCCAGGAAAGACUCGGGCGCCGCCUCCGAGGGCGAAGGAGGCGGUGGUAGCAGUGGUGGUGGUGGUGUCGUCCCACCAGCGCCACCACCACCACCGUCGUCAUCUUCCUCCUCCGUGCUGGACCGCAAGGCCCUUGCGGCGGUGCUGGAGUUCCUGCAGAGGAGUGGCCUUCACGACUCGGUGGAGACGUUGCGUCGCGAGGCGUGCGUCGCGAGCGACCCUGGCCUCGUGACCCCCGGGGGGACUGCCUCCGCCGCAGCCUCCAAAGACGCAGGGGCCGCGGGCAGCAGCAGCAGCAGGGCCACGUCGGCGGACGUCAGCUCGCUCCUGUCGGCGUACAAGCAGGCGGGCGAGGCGGCACGUUACCACGACGACUACACCGAGAUGAAGCGUUUUGUGGAGUCGAGCCUGGACUGUCACAAAGCGGAGCUGGCGGGCCUCCUGUACCCGCUCUUCCUGCACAUGUACCUGGAGCUCGUUUAUCACGAGCAUGAGGCCGAGGCCAAGGCAUUCUUCACCCUCUUCAACGGCGACCAGGAGCCCUGCUACCAGGACGACCUGAGGGUGCUGUCCGGACUGUCGAAGAGGCAGCACUUGCUGCGUGGGGACACCAGCUCGGCGCUGCUCUCCUCGUUCCGCACCGGCAAGUUCGUGGUUCGCAUGGCUCGCGACAGCUAUGCCGGCCUGCGCAGACACCUGCAGGAGCGCCCCACGUCGCGAGCAUCGCUCAUCACGCAGGAGCACGUGUACGUGGACGUGUACGACGGCGCGCCCCGCACCGCCGCGCAGGUGGCGCUCACCUCGGGCGCCAUGGGGGGCGAGGCGCCGCGUCACGCCAACAAGUCCAAGGUUUACUACGGGCUGCUCAAGGAGCCGGAGCUAGAAGUCCCUCCGGACGACGAGGAUGAGGAGGGGGCAGGGGAGGGUGAAGAGGGGCGGCCCAAGAAGAAGAAGUCGAAGAAGGAAGCGACGGCCGGGAAGAGCAAAAAACAGGACCCGAAUGCCCCCCCCAUCACUCGGAUUCCGUUGCCCGAGCUGAAGGACUCGGACAAGCUGGACAAGGUGAUCGCUCUCAAGGAGAGCAUGAAGCGGGUACGCCUGGGCCCUGACUGCCUGCCCUCCAUCUGCCUCUACACCUUCCUCAACGCCUACCAGGGCCUGUCCUGCUGCGACAUUUCUGAUGACUCGAGCCUCGUCGCUGCCGGCUUUUCCGACUCCACCGUGCGGGUGUGGAGCCUCACGCCGAAGAAGCUGCGCUGCAUCAAACCAUCCAGCGAAUUGGUCCUCAUCGACAAGGAGGCAGACGACGUGAUGGAGCGGAUCAUGGACGAUCGCACGACGAGCGACUCGAAGCUGCUGCUCGGCCACGGGGGACCCGUCUUCUCCACCAGCUUCAGCCCCGAGAGGGCAUGGCUGUUGUCCUCCUCCGAAGACGGCACGGUGCGCGUGUGGUCGCUCCACACUUUCACGUGUCUUGUAGCGUACCGGGGACACAUCUGGCCUGUCUGGCACGCCUCCUUCUCCCCGCACGGACACUACUUCGUGUCGGCCGGGCAUGACCGCACCGCACGGCUGUGGGUGAUGGACCACCACCAGGCGGUGCGCGUGUUCGCGGGCCACCUCAGCGACGUCACGUGCGCCUGCUUCCACCCCAACUCCAACUACGUGGCCACGGGCUCGGCGGACCGCUCGGUGCGCGUGUGGGACGUCCUGAACGGGGCCUGCGUGCGCACACUCACGGGACACAAGGGCUCCGUCCACUGUGUGGCAUUUUCGCCAAACGGGCGAUUCCUGGCGUCAGGUGGCGCCGACAGCCGAGUGUUGCUGUGGGACAUCGCGCAUGGACUCCCCAUUGCCGAGCUCAAGGGUCACACGGACACCGUGUACACGCUGAAGUUCAGCCGCGACGGGGAGGUGCUCGCUUCAGGCGGAGCGGACUGCUGCGUGCGCCUGUGGGACGUGACGCGGGCCGUCGACGAGCUGGACCCCGACGACUUCGUGUCGGCGUCGCUGCACUCGCCGCCCGCGGAGCACGCGGCCGACCUGACGCUGGGCGCGCACUUCACCAAGAGCACGCCCGUGGCGCACCUGCACUUCACGCGCCGCAACCUGCUGCUUGCGUGCGGCGCGUUCACGCCCUGAGCCGUCGCCACCGGCGGGUGGGUGGCGGGGGGGGGGCCGUAGCGAUGCGGGACGCGGUACGCGUGGAUUGAGCGGGCGGGCGGUACGCGCGUUCGUUCUGCAGAGCGCGUGCGGGUACGCAGGUAUCGCAGUGCAAGACGUAACGUCCCGAAGAUAGGUUACAGAGAGCACAGGUGGUGAACCUCACAGGGCGUGUUUAUUACACAGUUUGUUGUCGUGCUCCUCCCCCACACCUCCGACUAACACGGUUGGCUACGUGCGGUGCGAAAUAAUUUCGGCAUACGUGCAACACACGAUGCGUGUGCAGUGCACAGAAUCGUGCAGUGCAGGAUUAUCCAGGGUAAUUGGGGAGAGGGGUGGCCCAGAUAAAUAAUACCACACAAUGCAAAGUAUACACAAGUCAGGCGAUUAAAACGUGUUUGUUGCUUACCCAUGUAGAAUGGUGGUGAAUACGUGUAGAAUGUUUCGUGUUGUUUUUUACGCUGGUUAAAGUAACCGGCAUGCUUCUGGACAUGUGCGCUGUCACGGUCGGCACCAAGUCACUGAGCCGCAACGGGUGAGGAGCAACCAGGAGCAGCCAGUAGCACCCAGCGCGCGCGUGUGUAAAGAUUAUCUUUGCAAGUUCGGUUAAACGGCAGCCCGUAUAGUGGAGAGUUCACUGUCGCAUACAUAGGGCACUGCCAACUGCUAUGUCUCUUCAACUAGCUACCUAUGGGCCAGAUGUGGACUGUGAAUGCUCUUUGAUUUGCCUGCCAAACUAUGGCCCGUGGACACAAAACGAUCAGAACAGAUUAGUGAGCUGAAAGAGAAACAGAGAUGAGUGCUCUGGACGAGCAGUACAGAUUAGUGAGAUGAACAACAACUGAACGAGAGAGAGAGAGAGCUGUAGACAAGAGAAAUACGAGUGAGAUGAAAGUUAAGAUGAAAAGUUAAGAUGAACACAAAAAGGAGAGAUGAGAGACCUGGAGGACAGGCAGUAGAGCUUAGCAGAGAUGGUCAUGUCACGGUGACUGAUAGAAAGUGGCCCACCAGCACAAGCUCGUGUUAUUGUGACCCAAAUGUAAAUACAAAUUGGAGAACUCUACAUUGCACAAAUCGGACUGCAUAGCGUGCGACACGUUGCAUCCAGAGGGCACGCAUGUUGUAUACGGGUCGCCCGGCACAUGAAGUACACAGCGCACCAAACGCAUUCGGUACACGCACCGCACGGCGCACCAUACUCUUUGGUUCUCUCGGUAAAGUCACGUAGGUAUAAAA